ACUUUGUCUCUGCUGGAGUCCGGAUCCGCUCCGUGCCAAGCGGGGUCUGCCCGCCCAUCCAUAAGGAUCUAACCUCGUCAGAAGAGGAGCUCCGUGACAUCUCUUCUCCCCACCUAUAGGACUCUGAUCAGCUGCUCGCUGUCACUGAUGCCGGGGCAAGGACUCCCCUCAUCAGCUGCUGUGCGGAGGAGGUUAUAGACUUUGUAUAAUAUGAGCCUCUGAUUACCCGCCCUGUGCUGUUUUAUGUUCUCGGCUUUAUUGUUCUUGGGUGGAGAGUUACCCUCCUGUGACCCAUGGAUGUCUUUAACUGCCCCUCCUGCCAGCAGGCCCUCUGGGACCCUGUAACUGUAAGAUGCGGCCACUCUUUCUGCAAAAGGUGCUUGCGGGGGCCAGCAGUGGACAGGUGCCACGUUUGCAAGCAGAAGCUGAAGACCAGGGGUGCCCAGGAGCUGAAAUGUAACACCCUUUUAUGCAACUUGCUGGAGAAGUGCCUGCAGAGCGAAACCAGACUGAACAGGGUGAGAAGCGACCUGCGCGAUCUGCUCUCACUCCAGGACCACGAAGAGGCAGCAAAAGUGGCCUCCAGAGGAGUUGCGAUGGCUCCUGAGGAUGUUCCCUUGAGAAUACUCCGUUCCCAAAUUUAUUUGGCUUUAAAGCAAUACCCAGAGGCUCUACGGGAAGCAGAGGUGAUAUGCAAUUUACAGAAACACAAUCCAGAGGGUUUCUACAGAAAAGGAAUAGCUCUGAACCAUAUGGGAGAAAAGAAGGCGGCUCUGGCCCAGUUCCAUUACUGCCUGGUGUUAAAUCCACAGUUCUCUGCAGCCCAAAGCGAAACUGAGCAGCUGCUUGAAGAUCUUGGUUUUCCGGUGCCUUCAUCUCCUGAAGAGCUGUUAGACGAGGUCUCUCAUUACUUGAAGUCGUCCAGUCCAGACGCCGCUACCCUCAUAGCUCCUCUAAAAGCUGCAUCCAUUGAUUCAUGUGACACAAUAGCGAAUGUGAAGCUUGAAGAUGAUGAAGAGAUAAAAAAUCCACCUGAUCUUCCAGAGAAAAAAACAACAUCCUCCUUGAGCCAAAAUCAAAGGAAACGUAAGGAACCCGAAGACCAAAGUCCCCCAGCCAAGGACAGAAUAAGUAAGCAUUUAAAAUUAAAAGAUAAUCCAGGGGAAGAAGAAAACAUGACAUGUGUGAAGUCGACCACUUCAUUGCGGGACCUCAUCAGCCUCUCUGACCUUGAGUGUUCUUUGUGCAUUAGAAUGUUCCUGGAGCCCGUCACCACACCUUGCGGGCACACCUUCUGCAGAGAAUGUUUGGAGCGCUGUAUGGAUCACCGGCCUUAUUGCCCCCUUUGCAAACAAAGCCUCCGGGAGUACUUGAGGGUUGGCUCCUACCCAGUCACUGCCCUUCUUCAGGACCUCAUGUCAAGAAUAUUUCCUUCAGAGAUGGCAGACCGGAAAGAACUUCAUCUCACAGAGAUUGCUGAGCUGUCUAACCUGGUCAGGAACGUACCGAUAUUUGUUUGCACGAUGGCCUUCCCCGACAUGCCCUGCCCGUUGCAUGUCUUUGAACCACGUUACCGUCUUAUGAUGCGACGUUGCCUUGAGACUGGAACCAAGAGCUUUGGCAUGUGUAUCUACGAAAGCGGAAAAAGUUUUGCCGACUACGGCUGCAUGUUAGAGAUCUUGAAUCUGGAUUAUCUACCAGAUGGGCGCUCACUGGUGGAGACUAUUGGGAGGAGACGUUUCCGAGUACUAAAGAGAGGGCAGUUGGAUGGGUACCACACUGCAGAGGUAGAAUAUCUAGUGGACAAAAGACUGGAAGGUGAAGAACGGCAAGAAGUUGAACGUCUACAUGAUAUGGUCUAUCAGCAACUUGAGGAAUGCUUUUCCCAACACCACCGUGUCUUUUUGCCUCAUCGUACUCUACCUCCCAAAGACGAAAAUAUGCAGGCAUCUCCAGAUGGUCCAUUCUGGUGCUGGUGGCUUCUGUCUAUUUUACCGCUAGACCCAAACUACCAGCUGAUGAUCUUUUCCAUGACGUCCUUGAAGGACAGGCUUUUACAGCUGAGACAGAUUCUGUCUGUGUUCCAGAGCCGGUCAUAGUGCGAUCAAUAAUUGCUGGUAA